AUGUACCCCAUAUACAACUGGCCCCACCAGGCGCCACCUCCAGCGCCGCCCCCACUGGCGCCGGCGCCGGCGCUGGCGGCGCCCCACUACCUCGUCGCCGACGCCAUCGACGACGCCUACGACCACUCCCAACCACCACCACCGCCUCCGCCACCGCCAGGGUACGCCGCCCCGCCAGCGAGCGCCGUCGCCGCGCCUUACGCCAUAGACUACCACUACCAACCCCCGCCACAACCACAACCGGCGCCAGUGCCGCCGCCGUAUUACGCGCCCUACCCGUACGGGUACCCCCAGCGGCUGACAGUGUCAGCGUACGGGAGCACGGCGCCUUUUGAAGAGCAGUUGCCUCAGCAAGCGUCAAACUUCAAGCCGAUCCAGACGAAAAAGAACCUGAAGCCGCGGAUCAACAAGAUCGUCAAGGGGCUGAUGGUGCUGCCGCCGACGACGCGGCGGCGAGCGCCGCGCAAAUUGGCGCCAGUGGUGGUGGGCGAGGUGGUUAACGACGACGUGUUUGACCACUACGCCCGCGAAAUGGGGUUGAGCCGGCCCCUUGACGCCACCGUGCUGGCGCUGUGCCAGCUCCGCCUUAAACUGCCGCUAGAGUUUGCCCUUUUCGAUACGUUUUGCGCCACCGUCCAGCCGGCGCUCGACGUGUACUUGCCCCACUGCGUGUGGGGGCUGAUCAUCCCCGAGAUUGCGCUAUACGACGACACCAACGUGGUGUUGGACGCCGUGUUGUGUUUGGCGCUGAUGGUGUACGCCCGCCAGCCGCUGAUGGCGACGCAGAUAGCGCCGCUGGCGCCCGAGAUAGCCGUUAAAUACCACCAGCGGGCAGUGGAGCUGAUUGAACAGCAAUUGCCCCGUGCCGCCGACGAUUUCAGCAUCAUGGCGCGGGCGAUGGUAGCGACGGUGGUGCUCUGUAUAUACGAAACUUUCUUGCCACCGCUCGACGCCAGCUAUGUCAAUAGCGCCUCCGUGCUUCUCUUUCAGUUGGUACGGCGCCCCGAGCUGCGAGGUGGUCGCUCAGGGCGCCCCCCAGGCCUCGAGCGUCUGCCACUAUACCAGCUGUGCUUCACCAUGUUGAUGGUGUGUGACGUGUACCAAGCCCUCAAACAAGAGCAGCCCUGCUGGUGUCCCAGCGACCAGUUCUGGCAGGCGCUUGACCCCGAUAUGUUUGAUGGACUCGACGACUAUAGCCGUGGCCAGGCGGCGCCCGAUGCGCCGAUGGUCGCCGCCGCCACCGGGUGGUGGGUCUUGAAGCUGGUCCACCUUUUAGGGGUGAUUAACGACUUUCGCUGCCUGCCGCUGGCUCUUCUGUAUGAGGACUACGAGUGUAAUCGCCCAUUACAGACCUGGCGCCAAUUGCUGCGCCAAUUGACGGAGUUUGAUGCCCACUACCCUCAAGGAUUAGCGCCGAUCGUCUACCAGUGGGACCCGUUAACCCUGGCGUUCCCGACGAUAUAUUUCCGCUUGCCAGCACACGCCAUAGUCUACCUUCAUCGGAAAAUGGCCCAUCUCUGUUUGUACGAGGCGCUCCAGAGGCGCCCCCACCGUGACGACGGCGCCGCUGCCGCUGAGCUCGAUAAGCUUGGGGCUGACCACCCCCGGCGGCUCGCUCGCGAGAUAUUCGGCGUGUUCAGUACGUACGACGGCAACCCCAGUAUGCUGGGGGUAAUGAUGCCGUGUCUUCGCCUCAUCACAACGCACCUUGGCGACACCCAAUUGGCGCAGCAGAUGGUGGCGCUCGCCGAGCGUCAGCCCAUGGUAGGCGCCGUCGCCCGCAGUGUUUGUCAAUACUCUGAGUAA